UGACAAGCUGGAUUUUGCGUUAAUUUUGCUAAUUUUUUUAUAUAAUUACUUUAUAAUAGUGGUGAAAUAAAAUUAAUAAAAUUAAAUAUACACCCCAAUCUUUAUUGUGGUGGUACAACUGUUUUCUCGCACCUUGCGGGAAAACAAUCGCGAGUUUGAAAACAUGAUUUUUUCAUUUAAAGGUUAUGGAGAGAAAAGAAAUACAAACUUCACUUUUUUCCCAAAAUUCUGAUUGUAUAAAGUUAAAUUAUCUUUCUAUAAUGUUCUCUAGAGCUAAAUUUAAACAAAUCAGAAAUAAUCUCUGAUAUUUUCUAGAGAUUCCUCUUUAGAAAAAAUGGAACAAAGUAAAUUUGGAAAAGUUUCAAAAACUGCUAAUAUGGAAAGGAAGUUUUGUGUGAAAUAAUUUUUUUUUAAUUAUGACCUUGCCUCCACUAUUCAAUGAGAGCUUUCCCUCUUUUAUUAAAGAGCAAAUAGAUAAUUGCACCAGUGCUUUUUGGUAUCAUCCGGAAUUUUCUCAAAGUCGUUAUCCACCAGGACAAAAAAAAAGUGAAGCUUGUACAUUAAUUUGUUUACUUCUGGCUCAACGAAUAAGUGAAAGAAAAUUAAAAAUCUGUAGAGUCGAGAAAUGUUCAGAAUUAAAUAUUUUAAUAGCAGAGGCAAUAAUUGAGGGAAAUAAAAUACAUGCACGGAUUUUAGACAAGCGAAUAAUUUCCCAUCCAUAUUUAAAUACCGUCGAGGCUCUCAUAUACGGAGGCAAAAGUUUAAAUAAAUUAAAAGAAUGGAAAUUCCGCGUGGUUCACGAGAAAAUUGAGAAAGGAUUGAGCAAAAAUAUAAAAAAUUUUCUUGACGUUUGGUAUAAGAAUCCGAGAUCAGAAAAUUUAUUUAUGCUUCUCAUCACUUGUGGCCGAACAAUAAUUUUUAUUUUUCAAAAUAAAAUCAAUAAGGUAUUAUUGUUCGAUUCACACGCCCACAAUACUAUUAAGAAUUGUAAAUUUGGAUUAAUCAUUGCGGAGACGACGAUAGAUAAUUUAGAAGCACUAUGUCACUGGUAUAUUCAAUCAAUUUUGCAUGGAUGCUAUUAUGCUUUCUCGAAUCAAUACGAAUUGGCAUUUUUAUACGAGCGGGAAAAUGGAAAACGAUGCCUCAGAGCUUGUAGUUGUAACAAUGGAAUUCAUAAAAUAUAGAAAGUGAAACUAAAAGAAAAAUAAAGAAGAAAAAGAAGAAGAAAAAAAAGGGAAAAGAAAGAAA